AUGUGGAUGGAGGCGGCCUCUUCGCUCGACGCGGACGUCAUCGUCGUCGGCGGCGGGCAUGCGGGGUGCGAGGCGGCGGCUGCCGCCGCCAGGGCGGGCGCCUCGACACUGCUCGUGACGCAGCGGCUCGACACGAUCGGCGAGAUGUCGUGCAACCCGUCCAUCGGCGGCGUGGGCAAGGGGCACCUCGUGCGCGAGAUUGACGCGAUGGGCGGGCUGAUGGGCGGCGUGGCGGACGCGGCCGCCAUCCACUUCCGGCUGCUCAACCGCUCCAAGGGCCCCGCCGCGGAUCGCGACCUCUUCCGCGCCGCGAUGCAGGCCGCGCUGCGCCGCUGCUCCGGCCUCUGCCUCGUCGAGGACUCGGCCGAGGACCUGCUCCUCCUGGACGAGGGCGGGGUCGGCGGCGUGCGCACCGGGAGCGGCCGCACACUACGCGCGCGCGCUGUCGUGCUGACGACGGGCACCCUCCUCCCGCCAGCCAUCCUGAUCGGGCGGCACCGCAGGCCCGCCGGCCGCCUCGCCCGCCUCGACGCGCGCGCCGCCGCAAACCGCGGAGGCGAGGCGGGCGAGGGCCGGGCGGGCGAGGGGUUCGAGGCGGAGGGCGCGGCGGUCGGGAUGGCUGCGACGCUCGAGCGGCUCGGGCUGCGGCUCGCGCGGCUCAAGACGGGGACGCCUCCCCGGCUGGACGGGCGGACGGUGGACUGGUCUCACCCGCACCUGGUGGCGCAGCCGAGCGAGCCGGACCCAACCUUCCUCUCGCUGGCCAACGCGCUGCGCACCGCGCCGCUCGCGCCCGGCGUCGUCACUUGCUACAUGACGACCACGUCAGAGGAGACGCUGGCCCUCGUCGGGCUCGAGCCCGAAAGACUCUCCUCUUUGUUCGUCUACCCGAACGGCAUCUCGGGCGCGUACCCGCCGCACGUGCAGGCGCGCAUCGUCGCCUCCAUCCCCGGCCUCGAGGCGGCGGACAUCGUGCAGCCUGCGUACGACGUCGAGUACGAGUACGUCGACCCCACCCAGGCCGCACCCACCCCCUACCUCGCGGCGGCAGCACCCUCGGACGGCACGACCGGCUACGAGGAGGCCGCCGCCCUCGGCCUCGUCGCCGGCGCGAACGCGGCGCUCGCGGCUCGCGGCGAGGCGCCGCUCCUACUGCGGCGGGAAGAGGCGCGCGCGUACAUCGGCGUGCUGGCCGACGACCUCGUCACGCGCGGCACGACCGAGCCGUACCGCAUGCUGCUGCUGCGCGCCGACAACGCGGACGCGCGGCUCACGCGGCGCGCGGCUGAGGUUGGGCUGGUGGGCGCAGAGGCGCUCUCCGCGCUGCGGCAGAAGAGCGACGCGGUCGCGCGCGGCACGGCCGCCCUCGAGGCGGCGCGUGUGCCCGCCGAGGGCGAGCUGCGGGGCGAGCUCGGCGGCGGCGCGGCGCCGCUCGUCGAGCCGGUGGCGCGCGAGGCGGUAGAGGUGCUCGUCAAGUACCAGGGCUACAUCGGGCAGCAGGAGGCGCGGGUGCGCGCGGCGCGCAAGGCGGCGGCGGCCGGGGUCGCGCUGCCGGCCGGGCUGAGCUACCGCGCCGUGCCGGGUCUGAGCCACGAGGAGGUGGAGAAGCUCGAGGCGGCGCAGCCGGCGACGAUCACCGCGGCACAGGCCGUGGCGGGUGUGACGCCGGCCGCCAUCGAGCGGCUGCUCGCGCACCUUCAGCGCGCCCGGACGAUGCGUCGGGCAGUGGGGGAGGAAGUAUAG